AUGUUAUUCAAAAAAGGUUAUUUAAUUCAUUUUGCUCGUCUAUUCUUUGCUAGUCUCUUAUUUGGUAUUUGUUCAUUAUUUUCUUAUGUUUGGAAUAAAUACCAACCAUUUGAUCUUAUAUUUCAAUUACAACGAUGUCAACCAACAAUAUCUAUUAUGAAAAUAUCUCAUAUUAAUAUAUUGAAUUGGUUAGAAAAUUUUCAUUUUAUCCAUCUUUUACCAUCAUUUCCUUUUCUAACAAAUUCAAUUAUACAAAAAUGUCAUUUCUAUAUUAAAGAUGAUUAUCCAAUAGAUAUAAAUAAUUUUAUUGAAUUUAUUCAUUUCAUUCUAUUAAUUUAUAUUGGUUAUCAUUUAAUUCAACUUUUAUUUUUUCAUUAUCAUCUUAAACAAUUAAAAGAAAAACAAUAUUAUUAUGCACGUCUCUAUCAACAAGAUCGAAAAAAAAAGAAAAAAGAAAACCUAUAG